UAUCAGUACAGGAGUAAAAGCAAAGGCUUGUCAAACAUCUGGCGAGUGCAGCCAGUGCAAAGCCAAAUGCACGGGACUCUAGACUAAAAUCUCAACCAUGGUGAACAGGAGGCGAAAUGGGUCCCGUGCUAAUGGCCGUGCUGCUCGAGGAGGGGUUCAAACACAGCAACAGCAGCAACGCAAACGGCCACCAAUUAAGGCUCUUAGAGAACCAGCCAUCUUUGCGAAACGAUCAGGCAGCGCCUCGGACACCCCUCAUGACAAAGUGACUUUAGCCCAGGCUCGCCGUGGCACUCCAGCUCAUCGACCGGUACGAGUGUACGCCGAUGGAAUCUAUGACCUCUUCCAUUCAGGCCAUGCCCGGGCUCUGAUGCAGGCCAAGAACUUGUUCCCAAAUACACAACUGAUUGUUGGCGUAUGCAGUGAUGCCCUGACACACAAGUAUAAAGGCUAUACAGUGAUGACAGAGGAUGAACGUUAUGAAGCCCUUAUACACUGUCGUUAUGUGGACGAGGUGGUCCGUGAUGCUCCUUGGACCAUCACUUCUGAAUUCCUGAAAAAACACAAGAUUGACUUUGUGGCACAUGAUGAUAUCCCAUACACCUCUGCUGGAUCAGAAGACGUCUAUAAACAUAUCAAAGAAGCAGGAAUGUUUGUGGCUACUCAAAGAACGGAGGGGAUCUCUACCUCUGAUCUCAUCACACGUAUUGUUCGAAACUAUGACGUCUAUGUCAGACGUAACCUACAGAGAGGAUACACAGCACGGGAACUCAACGUUGGCUUCAUCAAAGAGAAGAAGUAUCGUCUACAAGAGCAGGUGGACAGAAUGAAGGAGACGGUGAGGACGGUGGAGGAGAAGUCCAAACAUUUAGUGCACCGUGUCGAAGAGAAGAGCCACGACCUCAUCUACAAAUGGGAAGAAAAAUCUCGCGAGUUCAUCAGAAACUUCCUGGAGUUGUUUGGUCCAGAUAAAGCCUGGUACAUGAUCCAGGAGAGGAGUGGCCGUGUUCUCCAGGCUCUGUCUCCCUAUCAGUCCCCAAGCACAUCGCCCAGCUCCAGUCCCACCAGAGGACGCUCUACAUCGCCCGUCACCCACUGGCCCCUGCUACGCUUCCGUUCACCACCGCCUAAAGGAGCUUCUGUCAGCAGCAGUGAGGGUGAAGAAGGGGAAAUGUAGAUGCCCUUAAAUGAAGACACCCUUACGUUUAAUUUUCUGUAUUUUAUGCAUAAUACAGAUCUGCAAAUGCAUGCUGCUCAAAGUCAACACAGACUUUAUAAUUCUAUAGAAGAAAUUUUAAAAAAGCUAUAAUUUCGUAUUCCCACAAAACUGAACACUUCAUAACUCGUCUUGCGACUUAAAAGCCCAUUCACGCCAAAAAAUACAAAUACCGCCAACUAUAUUUCACAUCAACGUGUGACAACUUUGUGUGCACUACUUUCUCUAUCGUUGUUAUAGCUGUGAUGUGAACUUCCCUAUGCUCAUAGAAUUAGAAAUAUUAUUAAAACUUAAUAGUUAUUGUUAUAGUAAUUGUCAUUGUUGUGAGCAAAUAAACAUACUUGUCAGUAUUUUAUUAAA